GAAAAGCGUCAUUAAAAAAAAACAGGUUUGGAUUCAAAAUCCCGACCCCACCGCUUCAAGGAAUCCGUUAGCAGCAUCACUGAACUGAAGCAUAAGAAAAACAACUCCCCAUCUCAUCUCUGCGUCUCUUCUUAAAAACAAAAACACAAGAUUUCGCAGAAAUUCGAAAUUCCAUUCGUUUUGCUGGAAAUUCACAGAUGCUAACUUACUGUAGUGGCAAAACAAAGAAAGAGGUCAAGGAGUGAGUGACAGAAGCAGAGGAGGCAUUGAUUAAAACGAUGUCAGUUUUGGAGGAAAACCCAGAUUCCCCGUUGAAAAAGAGGCCGCCGCGGUGGUCAGACAUUUGGCUCAAGAAAACAAAGCCAUUGAAGCAUGUGGUGUUCGCUAUGCAGCUUCAGUCUUUAGCUUCUAAAGACCCCAAAUCCCAAACCCUUAUCCCCCAUUUCGCUAACAUCGACCGAACUCUUCUCUUAUCUGACGAGCUCCUCCUAAAAAUCCUCUCUAAGCUACCCCUUUCUCAAAGGAACCCUAACUCCCUUGUCUGCAAACGGUGGCUCAAUCUCCAAGGCCGUUUGGUUCGGUCCUUGAAGAUCCUAGAUUGGAACUUUCUCGUUUCAGGUCGGUUAAUCACUAGAUUCCCUAACUUAGCACACGUGGAUUUGCUCAAUGGCUGUUUGUUUUCACCCCGUAAUUCCGGGAUUCUGUUAACUCAUCGGAUGGUUUCGAUGCAAAUGAGGUAUGGGAAUUGUUCAAAUUGGGAGCUUUUGGAAGAAAACCUAUUGCCUGUUGAAGUUGUUGAUGGAGGUCUACAAGCACUUGCUAAUGGCUGCCCCAAUCUUCGAAGACUUGUGGUAAUUAACGCCAGCGAGUUGGGGUUGUUAACCUUGGCUGAAGAAUGUUUGACACUACAAGAGCUUGAGUUACAUAAAUGUAACGACAACGUUUUACGAGGGAUUGCGGCGUGUGAGAAUUUGCAAAUCCUGAAACUCGUCGGAAAAGUUGACGGUCUUUAUUGUUCAUUGGUUUCCGAUGUUGGGUUAACUAUCUUAGCUCAAGGGUGCAAGAGGUUAGUUAAGCUUGAACUUAGUGGUUGUGAAGGGAGUUUUGAUGGGAUUAAAGCCAUUGGGCAAUGCUGUUUAAUGCUAGAAGAAUUAACUAUUUGUGAUCAUAGAAUGGAAGAUGGAUGGUUGGCUGCAUUGUCUUAUUGUGAGAAUUUGAAGACUUUGAGGUUGCUGUCUUGUAAGAGGAUCGACUUGGAUCCCGGUCCCGAUGAGUACUUGGGGUUUUGUCCGUCUCUCGAGCGAUUGUAUUUGCAAAAGUGUCAAUUGCGGAGUAAGAAGAGUCUGAGAGCUUUGUUUCGAGUAUGUGAAGCUGUGAGAGAGGUGGUUGUUUUGGACUGCUGGGGAUUGGACAACGACAUGUUCACCUCUGCUAGUGUUUGCAGGAGAGUGAAGUUCUUAUCUUUAGAAGGAUGCUCAUUACUGACAACUGAAGGUUUGGAAGCCACGGUUCUUUCGUGGUUGGACCUCGAAACUCUGGUAGUCGUAUCAUGCAAGAACAUAAAGGAAAGUGACAUAUCUCCCGCACUUGCAACCUUAUUCUGUAAUCUUAAAGAGUUGCGGUGGAGGCCAGACGCCAAAUCUUUGCUUUCGUCGAGUCUUAUGGGAACUGGCAUGGGAAAAAAAGGUGGGAAAUUUUUCAAAAGGACAUGAGACGCAGAAUUUGCAGGUAUCAAGGAUUCGGUUCUUUGCUGCCGAUGCAAUGAUGUACUUCUAACAUGGAAAUAUUUUAUCCGUCACUUCCCUUUCUGUAAGACUAACUAGGUUAGCGAACAGAGAAAGGAUUAUUAGAAUUUUGAUGUAAUUUAUAAUGUAAAAGAUUUCUUAUAUAUCCUUAUUAUGGAUAUCUGGAUGUGUGGACUGUAGAGAGCAAUGCAUUAACAUUACUCCAA